UCAAAACCAAUAUUUGCACAAUUUGGUCAAAAUUUAAGUAUCGAUCAAAUUGAAUAUUUUCUUGAAUUUCAAGAAUAUCUAAAAACUUCACUGACUAGAGUUGCUAGUGUAUAUAAUAUUUCUGAGUAG